CAGCUUGCGAGCCGAGCCAAGCCGAGCCGAGCCCAGCUCAGUCCAGCCGGACCGAGCCCAGCCAGGUCCAAGUGAACAGCAGCGCAUCCCGCCGGGUGCAAGUGAACGGCAGCGCAUCCUGCCGAGCGGAGCCGGGCCGAGUUCAGUCGGAUCGACACCAGUCGAACCGAGCCCCGCGGGGUCCAACUGAACUGCAGCGCAUCCCGUCGGGUGCAAGUGAACGGCGGCGCGUCUGAGCCGAGCCGAGCCGAGCCGAGCCGAGCCGAGCCAUGCAUCUGAGCGUACUGGUCCGUCUGCCACUGGCGGUGGCGCGGACGGUGCUGGCGGCGCUGCGCGGGCGGCUGGGCGCGCUGUGCUGGAGCCUGGCGCCCCUCUCCCUGCCCCUGCCCCUCUCCCUGCCCCUGCCCCUGCCCGGCUGGCGGAGGGUCUCGGCCCCCAGCCCCACCGCCCCGCUGGGCUCCCGGCGGGAGCGGGAGCCGGAGUGGGACGACGCGUCCCCGACGCCCACCAGCGUCAACUACCACUUCACCCGGCAGUGCAACUACAAGUGCGGCUUCUGCUUCCACACGGCCAAGACCUCCUUCGUGCUGCCCCUGGAGGAGGCCAAGCGGGGGCUGGCGAUGCUCAAGGAGGCGGGAAUGGAGAAAAUAAAUUUCUCGGGAGGAGAACCGUUUCUUCAGGACCGAGGCGAAUUUUUAGGCGAACUGGUCCAGUUUUGCAAGCAGGACUUGAAGCUGCCGAGUGUCAGCAUCGUUAGCAAUGGCAGCCUGAUUAGAGAACGGUGGUUCAAGAAGUACGGUGAAUAUUUAGACAUUUUAGCAAUUUCAUGUGAUAGUUUUGAUGAGGAUGUCAAUGUGUUAAUCGGCCGUGGUCAAGGAAAAAAGAACCAUGUGGAAAACCUGCAUAAACUGAGACAGUGGUGCCGAGAGUAUGCUGUUGCUUUCAAAAUAAAUUCAGUGAUCAACAGAUUUAAUGUUGAGGAAGAUAUGAAUGAGCAGAUCAAGGCACUCAACCCUGUGCGCUGGAAGGUGUUCCAGUGCUUGAUAAUUGAGGGGGAGAACAGUGGUGAUGAUGCCCUGAGACAAGCAGAGAAAUUUGUUAUCAGUGAUGAAGACUUUGAACGAUUCCUAGAUCGCCACAAAGAUGUCUCCUGUUUGGUACCUGAAUCUAACCAGAAGAUGAGGGAUUCAUACCUCAUUCUGGAUGAAUAUAUGCGUUUUCUGAACUGUAGAAAUGGACGGAAAGAGCCUUCCAAGUCUAUCCUAGAUAUUGGCGUAGAAGCAGCUAUAAAAUUCAGUGGAUUUGAUGAGAAGAUGUUCCUAAAAAGAGGAGGAAAGUAUGUGUGGAGUAAAGCAGACAUGAAACUGGACUGGUAACUCAAUAUACUGAGUCAGGGCAGGUGCAUUAUGUAAAGAAAAUGGGUCUGUAUGUAUGUAUCUAAAGUUUUUGACUACACUUGGUGUAUUAUGCAAGCUGAUGUUCAGUAUAACUCUAUAUGUGAAUGUGUUAAAUGGUUUUAGGAUGAAGAUUAUGUUUUUGUCUAUUUUUUGGUUGAACAUUACUAAGUACCUUCAGAGUUUUCACGUAAAUAGAUCUCUGAAAUCAACUUUCAACAAUCAACCAUUGUAUGAAGGACUUAAGGGCAAAGCGUUAGUAUAAUGUCGAACAAGAAACAGUUUUAAGAUAAUACAUAAGUGUACAUGCCAGAAAACAAAUGGAAAACCACCCUAAUCUCUAAUUCAUUAUCAACAGCUGUAAUUAUGGGUAAAUGUAAACUUACCAGGAAGGUAUUGUGCCUCGUUCACAUGGAAAGGUGGCUUGCAGUUCUUCACUAGAUCACAAGACAGCCAGAUGACAGGCCUUUGGAAGCAGCCCUGGAGUUUUUUUGGGGUAACAGAGGGUCAGAAUCUAGGAAUCAUUGUCUGUAAUAUUAUAUUUAAAAGGAAAUCAAGAUGAAAAAAAUCAGCAAUUUUCAUUCUUUAGGACUUAAUCCUAAAAUCAUCUGUUGUUCUUGUCCCUCUCCUCCAUACGGACACGCAGUAUUUGCAAAAAUGUGGGAUGUAAUUUUCUGUGGAAACACAUUUUUAGUCACAAAAGAAUAUUAUAACAUAAAAGUGCAUUUUACCCAAUGAUGAGCAACUUCUUAUUUGCUCUAUGUAGCACUUAUGUGCACUAUGUAGCACACCUAAUGGGUAUCUUCUGUUGUAUACUGUGUUACUCGCAUACUUUUUAUUUUGCUAAGCCUUAGGAUUACGAACAACAAAGUUCAUAUAUCAUGUAACCUUGUUUAAAGCUUGCUUGGCUCCAAAUCAUUCUUGCUUGCUGGUUAUGAACAUGCAGGUGAAACUAGCUGAGUUUUGUGAUAGCAGUCUGAUUGUAAGAGCUGGCAGCAUCAACAUAAAACAGGGAAAAGGUCAAAAACACCUGCCAAAGCCAUAAUCUAAUAUGCUGUCCUCAGUCUUGGUUUUCUGGCAAUUGGUAGGGCUUUGUAAUUGCAGUUUUCCAAAUUUAACUAGUCUCCCCCCCCACCCCACCCCCCACCCCCCCCGACAAAGCUCUGUAUGAAAGGCACAGGGAUAAGCACUGCACAGAGCAGAAGUGAGCUGGUGCUACUUACUUGUCCUGUCCAUUGGACUCAAUGCCUGGAUUGUCUGACACAUUUAAAUGUUUGCAGCAUUUGGAAGGCAGCAUGCACUGAAUGUUCCACGUAGAGAAAAUUAUGGCUUCUUUCACUUUUCUGAUAAUGCUAGUUGAUUUUUUUUAGAGAGGUUUUAAAGAGAAAUGUUUUGCAUUUCUCUAAUGCACUUCAAAGUUGAAGGGGAAAGUAGGAGCCGCUGCUUCUGCAUAAAGGAAGGUGCAUCUCUGAAUACACUGCGAAAAUGUUUCCAUUUAUGAUUCCUUUUGUUUCCAUUUCUACUAUCCUAACUGUAAAUAUAUUGUCUCAGUGGUGCUCUUUUGUCUCUUUGUAUUUUGCAUUUUGCAAUCACAACACUUCCUAGACUGUAACAUUUCAGGUCUUUCUUUUUCUUGUAUUACUACUAAGUGACAUUUAGAAUGUGGCCCACACACAUUAACCCCACAGUCUUUUGGCAGCUGUUUCGCUGACCUCAGUUGGAGUUUUGCCUGAGUAGCAACUAUGGGCAGUGCAAAUUUAUGUAACUGGGGCUUGACUUCCUCUGCAUUCCCAUUGCUCAGAUGUUAAAUCCAACCUCUUCCUUAGCAUCCCCACUGCAUGGUAGAAAAGAAGCAUUUUCCUUUGCUGCUGGCUCAGUCCCAGCAUGGGGAAAGAUUUAGUGCGUCAGUGUAACGGUAAAUCUACCAGCUUGCUGCUUCUGCAGAAAAUGCCAGCUGUAUCACAGCAGACAGAUGCGAGGUACACAAACUCCCAUUCAGAUUCAGAAAUCCUGCCAUUCUUUGCUUUGCAUUUUGCUCUGUAAAUGGCUAUUCUUUUGCUGCAUGAGAUCCUCUGUGCCUAUGGAGGAAGCUGUAGGAUAAACAAACUGGAGCUGAAAAUGUGAAAAUCGAGUCAAUAAUGCAAAGACAUUGAAGAUGGCUUAUAUCAAAAAAAUCUAAGUUCUUAUCUUCAUAAAAUCUUGAGGAUUUCACAUUGCCUCUUGAUCCCAUAAGUAAUUAAGAAAAAGUUUCUGCUCUGUGUGGUACUCUUUUUCCAAAGGAAAUGCCAGUCCAUGUGUGUUGGAAAUAAGAAUUGGACAUAACACAGUUUGACGGACAGUCAUUGGUAUUUUUAUAUGCAAAAUUCAUUGUUGUGUAAAAUCUCAAAAAAAUUUUUUUUUGCCUACAGAUUGAUUAGCCUAGUUUAUUUUAUUUAAUCUAUAAACACAGUUCACAUGGUACCAAAAAGGGACUUUAGGCAUUUAUUCUGUAGUUGGGCCUAACCUGCAGCAUGGGACUUGAAAAAUAAUAAUGAAUUCAACAGAGUUAUUCCCAGGCUUAGAGAUUACAUGUACAUCGUGACCCUGAAUACUCAGGAUUUAAGUCCCGUAAACACAGAUGUGCUUAAUUGUAUUUUCCUGUGUAAUUUCACAGUACUGCAGCUAAGCACUUGCUAAAGAUGCUGAACUGGGAGAGAACUUCCACUGCAGUUUACUAGCAUCAUGCAGCUGUUUGUAUCAGUAAAAUUUGUAGAGAAUGAGCAUUUGCAAGAAUGACCUCAGUUAAAAUUAUGAAUAUGCCUUGGAUAAUGAGUAAAACUGUCACUUAAGAUGCUAUUUAAGAUGUCCUCUUUUUCAGUGUAAAGACUGAUAAUAUCUUUGAAUGUUAAAAACGAUGAGUUUUUAAAUGACGCUCUGACAUAAUUAGUGCUAAAUAUUUCACAAGGAUGUUGCACAUUUCAAUAAAUGUUUCUAUUUUCUGAA